AUGUUCAAACUAGUUCAAAUUAACCUAGGUAGGCGUAUUCCAGCACAUGACUUACUGCGACAAACAACAGCUACAAAUGAAAUAGACAUUGCAAUCAUAAGCGAACCAAACAAGAAUUUAGCUAAAAAGAGCGGCUGGUACACAGAUAUCAAUAUAGAUGCAGCAAUUUGCUUACCCGCAAGCAAGCACAUAUCGAUACAAGGUUGGGGACAGGGAAAUGGAUUUGUAUGGAUUGACUGCAUCAAAAUCACUAUAUAUAGCUGUUAUAUGUCGCCAAAUAUAAGGCUCAAAGAGUUCCAACAUUUACUGAAUGAACUGAAAAAUAGUAUGGCUACACGGAAAAAUAAGUGCCUGAUUUGCGGGGACUUUAACGCGAAAUCAAUGAUGUGGAACUCAACAACAAAUGAUUCUAGAGGAGAUAUUCUUUCUGAAUGGGCCUCAGAACUAAACUUAAUUUCACUGAACACCGGAUGUGAACCUAUCUUCCGUAGAGGCCAAAGCUCAUCCAUUAUCGAUAUAACAUUCGCGGCAACCAAUAUAGCGCCUUUAGUAACGAACUGGAGAGUGUCUGAAGAGGAAAAUCUUACAGACCACAAUUACAUUUAUUUUGAUAUAGCUAUUAAGAAAGAUAGCGUAAGAACGAAGAUGGAGAGCCGCGGCUGGAGGGUGGAUACGACACAAAUGGAUUACUUCAUAAAUGAACUGCGAAGCAAAUUACCAUCAAGAGAACAAACCUUAAAGCCAGAGAGAUUAAUUGAGAACAUCAGCCAUGCAUGUGAUAAUACAUUCCAACGAAAGGGUAUCCCAAAUGACAGGAAAAAACCAGCUUAUUGGUGGAACUUAAACCUUGGCACAAGAGAGGACAUGGGGAGAUAA